UACACUUCCUUUUUGGUGAAUGGGUUCCAGUGUUUCUGCAGCUUAUUGCUACCAUGCCUGCAGACUACAGUGGCCGAUGGGAGAUGGUUAGCAAUGAGAACUUUGAGGACGUCAUGAAGGCGCUCAAUAUUGAUUUUGUGACCCGUAAAAUUGCCGUCCAUCUGGCCCAAACGAAGGUUAUUAUCCAAGAUGGGGACAAAUUUGAGAUCAAAACUUUGAGCACCUUUAGGAACUAUGAGAUGAAAUUUACCGUGGGGGUUGAGUUUGAAGAGCACACCAAGGGCCUAGACAACAGGGUGGUCAAGACCCUGAUUAAAUGGGACGGGGAGAAGCUCGUGUGUACCCAGAAGGGAGAGAAGGCUAAUCGAGGAUGGAAACACUGGAUUGAGGGAGACCAGCUGCACAUGGAACUGACUUGUGAGGACAAAGUCUGCCACCAGGUGUUCAAGAGAAAGGAAUAAAGAAAUAUGUGUAUUAUUAGAUAACUCUUUCACAAUGUAUUAGGAAGUAACUUGUGUGCAGUCUUAUCCAAAGACAGUCGCAUGUUUUCAAUCUGCAGUUUACUGAAGCAGCUAUGAGCAGGAUAAGUUCUUCUUUAACAUUGUAGUAGAGUGGCAUAUCCCUGUAACCAUUAAAUGAUGUGUCCCGUAUUUCACCAACAAUCCUUAGUUACCCUGCAUGUUUUCUUUCUGCCCAUGUGCAUGAAAGUUAAAUCAUAGAUUUCCUGAAUUACCAAUGUGAUCUGACAUCCUUUAGUAAAUGUCUACACUGAUUUGCCAUUGCCUUGUUUGGUAGUUGUAAAAAUACUAACUGACAUUACUGUGCUUUUAACUUUUGUGAAAAAAUAGCACAAGCGUUAAAAACAUUUACUGUCUAAGCAAGUGCAGAGUAAAUUAUUUAUGCAGUUUAUCUUUACCAAGAAAAUCUGUCGAUGUCUGUGUUAAAGCCAUUUUAGGGAAUCAGUACAGAUAGAACAAUAGGCCUGAAAGUUCCAUUGUAUACCAUACAAUUUAUUCAAACAUUUAUAUCUGGAUACUGUUGAUGUGUGGUAUUUUAGACAAUUCAUAUUUAACAUAGAAAUAGUAAAAUGUGCUAACAGUAUGAAACUAAACAAGGGUAUAGGUACAAUAUACACAUACAGUAUUAACACUUGACUAUUCAGCAGUAAGGCUAGAAAUGUUUCUGGAACAGAGCAAGAUUUGCACCCAAAAAGAGGCAGAAAUCAUCGGGGGGAAUUGUACAGUGUGUACGUUUGGCUUUGUGAAUGCAUUGUUUACCGUGGUUUGUGUUCCAGUUAGUGUUGAAUAAACUUUUGAUUGAUUUUCCUGUUCUAAAAUG